AUGCCAUCACACCUCGGUGUAAUUAUGACCAAGAGGCUAUGUGCCUGUCAGGCUCUGGAGUCCACUGUAUCCAAUCCAGCUGCGCCUUCGAGCCCUAAUGCGAAGAACAGGGGUCACUUUGAGACAUCCGAGGAGACGGUGCAAAGGUUGCCUGAUUACGCCCUUGCAGCCGAACCAAGAAGACUAACUUCAGGUGGCCAGGGUAAAAGCGAUAAUUGGUCGCGUCCCGAGCAACAGAUACCUCUACGCGCCGAAUUGCGGAUGUGUGGUGGCAUUGUUCUUCCUUUCGAGACCCUCGCCGUCCUCCCGUCGGUCAACUGA